UCAACCAGAUCACCAUACUUUUACCAGUUUCAUAAAUUUUAGAUUUUUAUAAGUAAUUCGGACAAGUUCGAUUUUUGAAUUUCUCAGUUAAACCGACUAAGCCGGUCCGAAUUUGAAAACAAUGUAUUUAAGCCACUACAGUGCUCGAAUUUCUCCAACAACCAAACAUCACCUUGUACACUUAAAGAACACUGGAAAACAUCAAUGGCUUCCUGUUCUUAUAGAUCAAGUAGUUUUACACUUGCGGUAGUCUUCAUUUGCUCUUUACUUGUUGCUUCAUGUGCUAACUUCGACCAAGAAUUCGAUGUCACCUGGGGAAAUGGUCGAGGAACGAUACUCAACAAUGGUCAGCUUCUCAGUCUCUCUCUUGACAAAGCUUCAGGCUCAGGAUUUGAGUCAAAGAAAGAAUACAUGUUUGGCAAGGUCGAUAUGCAGCUGAAGCUUGUCCCUGGAAACUCUGCUGGCAUCGUCACAGCAUACUAUAUGAAAUCACCAGGGUCUAAUUGGGAUGAGAUCGACUUUGAAUUCUUGGGAAACUUGAGCGGAGAUCCCUACACUGUUCAUACUAAUGUGUUUAGCCAAGGCAAAGGUGAUAGAGAGCAACAAUUCCACUUAUGGUUUGAUCCCACUGCAGAUUUUCACACUUACUCUAUUCUUUGGAAUAACCAACGCAUCAUUUUCUCAGUUGAUGGUACGCCCAUAAGAGAAUUCAAGAACUUGGAAUCAAUUGGUGUUCCAUUCCCAAAGCAGCAGCCAAUGAGGAUAUAUUCAAGCAUCUGGAACGCGGACGACUGGGCAACGAGAGGUGGCCUUGUGAAGACUGAUUGGAGUGGAGCUCCUUUCACUGCUUCCUACAGGAACUUCAAGGCUGAAGCUUGCACGGUGUCUGCUGGGAAACCUUCUUGCACUUCAAAUAAUUCUUGGCAAAGACAGCAAUUGGGUGCAACAAGCCAACAAAGGCUCUUGUGGGUUCAGAAGAACCAUAUGAUUUACAAUUAUUGCACAGACACUAAGCGAUUCCCUCAAGGCUUCCCUCCCGAAUGUUCUCACUAAUAAUAAUAAUACUUCACUUGUGUACAAGAAAACUAGCUGGCCUUCAAUUUAAUCAACUUAAGCCGUUCAUAACA